CAUUGUGGGCGCACGGUCCGUUGUUCAUUUGCCAUUCGACCUCCGCCAGGGCCUGGUCGGACGGAAACGCUCCGCCGGCUUUAUUGUCGCUUCGUUAUGUGGCGGAGCCGAGCAGCUUAGCGUGCCUCUCGCCCUCAGCGCCUGCGAAGCCGGCGGCGGCGUCGGGACUCCUCGGCGCGCGGAGGAAGGAUAUCUGUGUGGAGGGUCGGUGUGCGCGCGGCUUUAAAGAGGGGGCAGCGGACGGUCUCCCCGCACUCCGCCGCUCAACUUCGAAGGCCUCGCGCGCUCCCGGUUAGCUCCUCACCUCUCCGCCGCCCGCCCCCUUCUCCGCGCGGGACGCUGCCCGUAGCGCGGCGGGGCGGGGGUGGAGGACGAGAGAGCGGCCGGAGGCGGCGGCCCGGCAGAGGUAGCGGACGCGUGCAGCAGCCCCGGGAGCGAGCGCGAGCCGGGCUGCCGGGCGGGAGGGCGAGGCCGAGCCCCGCGAGACCGGAACGCCGGGGGCGGGGGCGAGACGGAGGGGGAGCCGCGGGGAGCGCGCGGGACGCGGCCCGAGGCCGUGCGCGAGCCGGGGCACCGGGCGGCGGCGGCGGCGGCGCGCGCCAUGUCGUUCAGUGAAAUGAACCGCAGGACGCUGGCGUUCCGAGGAGGCGGGUUGGUCACCGCGAGCGGCGGCGGCUCCACGAACAAUAACGCUGGCGGGGAGGCCUCAGCUUGGCCUCCGCAGCCCCAGCCGAGACAGCCCCCGCCGCCAGCGCCGCCCGCGCUUCAGCAGCCUAAUGGGCGGGGGGCCGACGAGGAAGUGGAAUUGGAGGGCCUGGAGCCCCAAGACCUGGAGGCCUCCGCUGGGGCGGCCGCCGGCGUCGCCGAGGAAGCCAAGGAGUUGCUCCCCCAAGACGCGGGCGGCCCCACCUCGCUGGGCGGCGGUGGCGCUGGGGGCCCCCUGCUAGCGGAAAGGAACCGUCGGACUCUGGCCUUCCGAGGAGGCGGCGGCGGCGGGGGUCUCGGCAACAAUGGCAGUAGCCGCGGUCGCCCCGAGACCUCGGCGUGGCCCCUGAGGCAUUUCAAUGGGCGAGGGCCGGCGACUGUAGAUCUGGAGCUGGACGCGCUGGAGAGGAAGGAGUUGAUGCAGGACGGCGCGUCCCUGAGCGACAGCACCGAGGACGAGGAGGAGGGGGCGAGCCUGGGCGACGGCAGCGGGGCGGAAGGCGGCAGCUGCAGUAGCAGCAGGCGGUCGGGCGGCGAUGGCGGGGACGAAGUGGAGGGCAGCGGUGUGGGAGCUGGCGAAGGAGAGACUGUCCAGCACUUCCCGCUCGCGCGGCCCAAGUCUCUAAUGCAGAAGCUUCAGUCCUCCUUCCAGGCCUCCUGGCUCAAGGACUUUCCGUGGCUGCGCUAUUCCAGGGAUACUGGCCUUAUGUCUUGCGGCUGGUGCCAAAAGACCCCUGCGGAUGGGGGAAGCGUAGACCUUCCCCAAGUGGGGCAUGAUGAGCUUUCGCGAGGGACCCGCAACUACAAGAAAACCCUUCUCCUGAGGCACCACGUCUCUAACGAGCACAAACUCCACGCCAACGCCCAGGAAUCAGAGGAGGGUUACUGUGACUUUAAUAGUAGGCCACAUGAAAACUCUUACUGCUAUCAACUUCUGCGACAACUAGAUGAACAGAGAAAGCAAGAUAUUCUUUGUGAUGUUAGCAUUGUGGUAAGCGGAAAAAUCUUCAAAGCUCAUAAGAACAUCCUGGUUGCAGGCAGCCGUUUCUUUAAGACUUUAUAUUGCGCUUCAGACAAAGAAAAACCUAAGCAAAACAAUACUACCCAUUUAGAUAUUGCUGCAGUUCAAGGUUUUUCAGUCAUCUUGGACUUCUUGUAUUCUGGUAACCUGGUGCUCACAAGCCAAAAUGCCAUUGAAGUUAUGACAGUGGCCAGCUAUCUUCAAAUGAGUGAAGUUGUUCAAACUUGCCGAAAUUUCAUUAAAGAUGCCUUAAAUAUAAGCAUUAAAUCAGAAGCUCCAGAGUCUGUAGUUGUGGACUAUAAUAAUAGAAAACCAGUUAAUAGAGAUGGCCUGUCUUCAUCACGGGAUCAAAAAAUUGCCAGUUUUUGGGCAACACGGAAUCUUACCAAUUUGGCAAGUAAUGUAAAGAUUGAAAAUGAUGCUUGUAAUGUCGACGAGGGCCAAAUAGAAAACUACCAAAUGAAUGACAGUAGUUGGGUCCAGGAUGGAUCUCCUGAAAUGGCUGAAAAUGAAUCUGAAGGUCAAACAAAAGUGUUUAUUUGGAAUAAUAUGGGCUCCCAGGGAAUUCAAGAGACUGGCAAAACGAGGAGGAAAAACCAAACAACAAAAAGAUUUAUUUAUAAUAUUCCACCUAAUAAUGAAACAAAUUUAGAAGAUUGCUCAGUGAUGCAGCCACCUGUUGCCUAUCCAGAAGAAAAUACACUACUCAUCAAGGAAGAGCCAGAUUUAGAUGGUGCUCUACUCUCGGGGCCAGAUGUUGAUAGGAAUGUGAGUGCAAAUUUAUUGACCGAAGCUGGCACUAGUCAAGAUGGAGGUGAUGCUGGUACUUCACAUGAUUUCAAGUAUGGUUUGAUGCCUGGUCCUUCAAAUGAUUUCAAGUAUGGAUUGAUACCAGGUACUUCAAAUGAUUUCAAGUAUGGAUUGAUACCAGGUGCUUCAAAUGAUUUCAAGUAUGGAUUAUUGCCAGAAUCUUGGCCAAAACAAGAAACUUGGGAAAAUGGUGAAUCAUCUCUAAUCAUGAACAAGUUAAAAUGCCCUCACUGUAGCUAUGUAGCCAAAUACAGACGAACACUAAAAAGGCACUUGCUCAUUCACACAGGAGUGAGAUCAUUUAGCUGUGAUAUUUGUGGAAAACUGUUUACUCGAAGAGAACAUGUAAAAAGACAUUCCCUGGUGCAUAAAAAGGAUAAAAAAUACAAAUGUAUGGUGUGUAAGAAGAUCUUCAUGUUAGCAGCCAGUGUUGGAAUAAGACAUGGAUCUCGACGUUACGGUGUUUGUGUAGACUGUGCAGAUAAAUCACAACCAGGAGGGCAAGAAGGUGUAGAUCAGGGACAGGAUACAGAAUUCCCUCGGGAUGAAGAAUACGAGGAGAAUGAAGUAGGAGAAGCUGAUGAAGAGCUAGUUGAUGAUGGAGAAGAGCAGAAUGAUCCCUCUCGAUGGGAUGAAUCCGGAGAAGUUUGUAUGUCUCUAGAUGAUUAAGUGACCUACUCUACUCCUCAAGGAUGCUGCAUUUGGACCUAAUAUGAAUCGACAAUUUGGAUUGUUGAACUUGAAGGCUUGCAAAAUAAUGGUACAUGCUGGAUAGUAGUUAUGUUGCUGUGAAAACUGUAGGGUCAAAGCCUUAUAGCAAAAAAAAAAAUUUUUUUUUAAAUAUUUGCACAGGACUAUACAGCAGACAACCAUGUGGUUGGAUUACAUGGAGUCCCCACAUACUCAGUCAGUUAUCAAAGUAAAAUAUUUUUUAUUUAUAUGAUAUACAGUAACUAUUUGGGUCCUACGAAAAUAAUCCUUAAAGAGCUUACAUCAUGUGCUACUUUAACAUGAGUGGAGAAAAUCCAUUUAUGGAAGUACAGUGACAAUUGACCCAAUCACUUUGUCCAUCAAACCACUCAGGCUAGUUUGUACUAGUAGAGUUUUGUUUCUAUUUUUAUUUUUAUUAAUUUUAUUUUUUUUAAUACAGAUUUUCAGUGUGGGGCUUUUUCAACCCCAUUGGUUCUAUUUUCUUGUAUUUUUCCAUUUUAAUUUGCUUCAUAACUUAAACCAAGUCUCUUCUAGUCUUAGGUAUUAUUUCUCAAUUUUGUGCUGACGGGCAUGUUUAUAAGAACUGGAGAGGUAAUUUAUUGGAAUGAAUUAACUGACUUCCUCCGUUUCCCCCCUUCCUUUCUGACAUGAAUUUUACUACUUCACAAGUGAAGAAUGAUGUUACGAAGUUACCGUGGCGAAGUUGACAAAUACCACUAAAAUGAUUAUGAUUUAGAAGUAACUUUCUUCUGCUGCUCUAAUCUGAUAAAUGGUUACUAUAAUGUUUUCUGACAUGGUAUUCGGUUUUGGGUAUCUGUUACUUUGGCACUAUUCUUGUUUGCCUCUUUAUUUUUGCCAGUGUACUAUACCUCAGCCCUAUUUGAAAGGCCUAAUUAAAAGAAAAAUCAUAGAAAUAAUUAAAAUGAUUUGUUUUAUAAUUUAUCCACCAUGUCCAGUUUGGUUAGCUUGUUAUGCAAUAUGAGUGAAAUAUCAGGUUUUUACCCCUGUGUCUUUUUUGUCAUUAAAAUUAACACAAAAUGUGCAUUCUCUUACUGUUUUAUACUUACUGGGAUAUUGUUUGGAAAUUAUGAUCAAUAACUUAUUCUUUUCUGUUCCUUGAAGUCACUCACCUUGAUAUAGUCUAUAGUAGUCACCAUGUCUCAACAGUCUCAGAAAUCAUACAAAUAAAAUACUGAGAAGCUUUAUUAUUCUCUAAACUAAAUUCUUCAGGGUACAAAGGGGUGACAUUGAGGUGAAAUUGUCAGAUUUACUUAGCCUGGUGACAUGAAUUAGCUGAUUGUGGAACUCUCAGCAGCAUUUCACAUAUUAACAUGUAUGACAUUAUGAGCAUAUUGUAUAUUAUAUAAGAUUGAGGGAUGUCAUAUUUUCAGCUUUCUUUUAAAUAAAAAUUGAGUAUAUUUUCCUAUUUUAUAUCAGGUAACUAAAUUAUGCUAGUUAUGUGGGAAAAAAAUUGCAAAGAUGCUUUGACAGAUAUAUAAUCCCUUUGGUGCUCCAUCUGAUCAAAGUUGAAAAGUUGAUGUUUUUUAAGAGACAAGCUUUAUCAUUGUCUCUGAUUUCAGUGGAAUAAUGGUUUAUUGUUAGACAAGGAUGUUUCUGCUUGGAUAAAUCAAAGAUAAAUUACAGUUACAUGGUUAGAUGCAGCUUUUGUCAUCUGUAUUGUAGUUUCUACAUAACUGUAAACCUGACACAAAUAGUUUCGGUUUGAUUUUUGUUUAAAACGGAUAAGUACAUCUUAAUGUUCUAGACAAAUGAGUAAAAUGUAUUUCUGGUAGAAAUUAGUUGGGCAAAGAUACUAUGAAUGAAAAAGUAUUUUAAACGUAAAAUGUUCUUUGUGAAUAUGUAAGUAUAGUAUAAAGACUUCUUUCAUCCCAUUUAUCCCCUUCCUUUAAAUAAACUAGUUUACAAUUGGUAGAUCUGUCUAUAUAUAAAUAUAUAUUAAAGAAAAAGAUAUAUAUCUAAAAAUCACCUAAAUCUGCUUUAUUAGACUACAGUUCACUUAUUGCAUUAGAAACUGGACUUGGCUUUAUAUUCUUAAUGUACUUUUACUUUUCCUCAGAAUAUGAACUUAUUCUCUUGAAGCUGAAUUUCUUUUACUACUUAAAUCAUUUAUGUAUAUCUGGUAAAUUAUGACCAAAUUUUUGUUAGAUUGCAUACAGUAAAUUGAAAUACACACUUGGUACACUACGGGAUUGUUGUGCUUUUGUUUGGUUUUAGUUGGAAAUAAGAUUUGAUGUAGAUGGCUUGUUACUGUUAAUUUAAAAUAUUCUAUAAUUGUCCAUUACCUUUUAUGUUGUGUUGUGACAGAUUUGGCUAUAUUUUCAGUCAAUUGAAAUAUGAUACUUUAAAAGUUUGUUUUUUAGGUAAUCCAAAGGAAAAGUGUUUAUACUCUUGAAUAUAUUAGCCUCAGCCUAUUAAAUUUCUUUGAAGUAAACAUUUUACCAGAAACAGAAUUGACAGAUUUUUCUACUUGCUGACUGCCUAACUUAUUUUGUUUCAUGAUCUUGAGGGACUGCCUUUUCCCAUCUAGAUCUUUUUAAAAAAUAGUUUUAGUACUAAGGUAUACUACUGGACAUUUCUAUUUUUUUAAAUAUAUUCUUUUUCUGACUUACAGUACAAUUUCAGGAAGUUGAUAGAUAACAAGAACUUAAGAUUGGUCUCAGAGGUAACAAUGGAAUACUCAUAAUUUUGUCUGUGGAUCUCUGGCAGAAUUAUGUUAACAUUUGGCGAAGUUGUCUCUUGUAAUUUAUAUUUUAAAUGAAAGUAUUUUAGAGCUUUUAAUUUUAAUGAAGGAGAAGAGUAUAAAACUUUCUUUCAUAUUAACUGUAGUUACAGACUAUCUUAUAAAUCAAGAUCGUGCAUUAUUUCUUAGAGUUCUCAGAGAAGGAUACCUCCGUAUGGAACCCUGUUCAUUCUUGUUAUUUACUAGAUAUUUUGCUAAAUUUAGCACACUAGAAAUUAAGAGUUUUAAAAUGAAACAUUAUAGGAAGGGUAAACUGAGCAGUAAUGAGUAGCUCUGAAAUUGGGGGAAAACACUAGCUGGAUUAGUCAGAGCCAUCCUAAUAAUGGAGAAGAGUGAGCUAAAUGAGUUAAUUCAUGUAAAGUGCUUAGAACACUGGUACAUAAUAGGUACAUAACACAUCUUAAAGUUGUUUAAUAAUAAGAACCAAGAGGAAAAAUAAAUGAUAAAAAAAGGGGGGAAAGGAAGGAGAAAAUGGGAAAUGAAAGGAUUGGGACUUGGGCAUUUAUAUGAACAGAAAAUGGUAUAAACGGCCUGAAUAUGACUGGAGUAGUAUCUCAUGGGGGAAUGUGUGAUGGAAAAUAGGUUUUUAAAAAUCUUAAAUUUUGAAACUUAAGCAUUAUUUAUUUCUUUUUUUUUUAGGAUUUUCUGAACAUAGCAUGAAGGGUUUAGAUUCAUUUUUCUGUAAAAUGACCCAAAAAAUUACCAGUCUUUUUUUUUUUUUGAGUGCCACAGUUGCCGUUGUGCUGUAUACAUGAUUUUACCUUAACUUUCUGUAAGGUAGGUGCUAAUUGUCUCCAUUUUAUAGAGGAAAGACUCAGAAAUUCAGAAACUUGGUUAAUUUAACAUAGCUGUGAUAGAGCUGGGAUUUGACCAUGUGUGAUUCUGCACUUGAUCUUAGCCAAAAGGCUGAGAAGCGAUCCAUGUUUGAUUCUGAAGCCCGUACUCUUUCAAGGAGGCUCUAUUGCUGCCUCAUAAACAACUCUUGUAGAAUUUCAGCUUUUAAAGGAGUCUGUCUAUGGAUUUAUAUAUUUCCUAUAAGACAGCUGUGUUUAGAAUUUUGAGUGUCUUUUUCCUCCCCCCAACAAAUUUCCUUACUACUACUCUUUCCUCAUAAAGCAGUUGUUUUGUCACUUUGACUAUAUUAAGACACAUCAGUGUAGCACAUGCUCUUAACCGGCUGUGGUAUUUUAAUUUUAUAAAAGGAUGGUUUUUUUAUCUGAAGAAACUAGAUAUAAACCCCAGUUUUUGUGCCGUUCAGUCACCCAGAUCCUUAAACUUAACUACGGUACAUAAUUUCCACACUUAGAACUAACAGGUGUUUAGUCACUUUAGGACUUAAAAUGGAAAGUUUUUUUUUUUUUUUCCCUGCUGUAUCCCUGCUUUCAACUGAAGUUGAAGAAUCCUAGGUAGUUUAAAAUGUGUUAGGGAUAAGCACACUUCAAAAGACGUUUUCUAGCCCUGAAUUUUAUGACAUUGGGUACUUAAAUUUGAAGUACACUAGCUAUUGAGAACAGUAUUUUGGGUUGAGAGCAAUGGUUGAGGCCAUUAUGUAGUGCGAGAAUCAGCAUUUUGAACACUGUAAACAUAAAAGAACACUUCUGCCUGCUGUUGUAAAAGCUCUUUGGGAAGAUCUUUUACGAAGACCAACUUUUUAAAAUGUAAAUUACCUACCUAAUAUAAGUGUCCUAAGACAUGUAUGUAAACUUCCGAAACUGUUUUGUUUGUGUAUUUAGAAAAUACACAGGAAUCUUUAUCAAACCUAAAAAUAUAAACUUGUGAGCACUAAACUGCUUCUGGCUUUGUGAAUUUUAUUGACUGACAUUUAAUUCAGACUUCUUUGCAAGUGUACUAAUUUAGACUAACUGGGGUAAGGGGAACACCUUGAACUUUGACUUACGUAUAAUUCAGAUAUCCUUGUACUUCAGGCUUACAAGUUUGAAUUAUAGAAUAAGGGUUUUUUUUGUUUAUUUGUAUGUUUUUAUAUGAAAAUAAUGUAAAUGACAAACUACCUCCAAGUAUUCCUGCUUUAAUUAAUGGUGGUGAUUUGUAGUCAGUAUCUUUUAAGAUUCUCUACAAGUUUUAGGAAAUACAAAAAAAUUCCUCUGUAAUUUACAUUUGUGCAUAAUCUUGGAAAUGGGUUGAAAAGCAUAGGUAAACUGCUUCAUCCCGUGUUGUAUAUUUGUGGACUGAUUGACUACAAGUAAUUCUGUGAUGUUAUAAAGUCUUUGAAACUUUAUUAAUGAAGAGAAAACAUAGCUUUUUAGGUUAUUUCAAAGUUAGAGCAAAGGAAAUUAGAAGUGGCCAGAUAUUCAGACUUGACUUAGAAAAAUAGGAGUUCUUUGAUUUUGUUUGGAGAAGGGCACAAUAAAGGGAGCCCACACAGCAUUAUAAUGCCUAGUAUCUUUAAACAUGGGAAGAGCUGUCAUGAGGCAUGAAUAAGUAAGAGUACUUACUCUGUGUUUCUAAGAGGUCAUGAUUGGGACCAUUGGCUCAAGAUUUAAAACUGGUUUUUAAUUAUCCAAAGAUGAAAUGGAGCUGCUUCAGAAAAUGGUCUACCACUCUACAUAAAGUGAAAGAGAUUACUUAAUCGUUUUGGCUACGGCAGUAUUGACCAAACAUUUCUAUUUUAGAGUUGGGUUUGUGUUUAGUUCUUUAGGUCUUGGGACCCUUGUAGUUACUUUUUGUUUUGCUUAGUCAUCAAAAUUCUAAGAUGAUAAAAUUUUGUAUUUAUAAGUACUAGAUGAAGGAUGUUUUGACACUAAAAAGGACAUAAUUUAGGAAAUCAAGAAUUUAGAUACCAAGUUUAACUUAACAGAAAAAAUCACUACCUGAGCUACUUUUUCACCACAAAUAACCACAGACCAUUGUUUGGGAACAGGUGUAGGAAAUGGAAUUAUUGGAUCAAUGUUUAGGUAAGAAAAUUAAAGGUACUUCAGAGUUUAGGCUGUGACAUAACUGUCUUUCUGAAGUUUAAAGAAAGUGAACUUUAGGAAAUCUAUUCAGCUAAUUAUAAAGUGAGUGAAAAAUAUUACAGAUUGGAUAACUGCAUGGCACCUUACCUGCUAUUAAUACUGCCUUCUUAACUGUCAGCCAGAUCAUUUUUUUCCCCACCACGACCACUCUUAAAUUUGGCAAUAAGAAAAAGGUAAUCUUCCAAGUUUAAUUAGGUAUGUGUUAGAAUCUUUGUGGAAGCUAAACGAGACAGUCUUAGCACAGGCCCUAACAGUUGGUGAGAUAAUACGUAAAAUGGUUUCAAGAUUACUGUAGAAUUACUUAGAAUGAGAGAGGUUGUAAGAGACUAAUGAAGCAUACCCAGAGAGGCUGCUACAGUGACUCCAGUCAGUUUUAGGACCCAGGGGACUCCUGAACUUCCAUUUCAGUAUUUUUCCUGUACCAAACUCAUUCAAUAAAUAUUUGAGAUUAGGGAAAAGUUUGAGAUCAGAAGAUUCCAAAGUACACUCAAAUAGUAUUUGGCACAUAGCUUCUGCUCAAAAGUGUUUACUAAGUGAGUUACUAAAGGCACUAGCAACUUGGAUUUUUCAUGUUACUAUCAUAUGCAUAUAGCUGUCAAGUCAGUUUCAUUUAGUUAUUUGACAUUGCCAAGCAUAUGAUACAUGGUGUUACACUGAGCCUUUGGGAUCCUUUCCCUGGAUACAUACCCUAAUGAUGUUUUACUGCAAGAUGUAACGACCACAUCAACCUAGUGCAAAUAUUACUAUAGAGAUCUCAAUGCAAAAGUGGACUUUGUGAUUAUUAUUUUUUUUACUUAAACUUUCCAUAACAGAAUAUUUAGUGAGAAUUAUUAGCCAUUUGCCGCCAAGUAUUUGUUUUAAAAUGUCUGGCAUAUACACCACUAACAUUUAAAUGUGUAACAUUCAGUCUAUAUUUGAAAAAACUAGAAGAAAAGCCCUGUUGGAGUGUUGAUGUAGAGUGCAACGAUACAUCAAUAAAGAUAUUUUAAAAU